CCGAACCUUAACUUUCUAAUUAUGUCUUGUGAUGGAAAUAUCUCAACCCGACUUUUAUUAAAUCCAGUUAUAUGCCAUAGAUACGCUGGCUAUGGUAGAUCGGUGUUGGCUAAAAAGUUAGUCAUUUAUAAAGAUGGAGUUGGCCGCUUAAAUUUGGUUGAUUUGGCUGGCAGUGAGCGCCAAAGCAAAACAGGCUCUGAAGGUCAACGAUUUCGAGAGGCUACAAAAAUCAACCUUUCCCUGUCUGCCCUAGGCAAUGUUAUCGCUGCUUUGACAGAUCAACAAAGUUCUCAUAUUCCUUAUAGAGAUUCUAAGUUGACUAGAUUGUUACAAGACUCCCUUGGCGGGAAUUCUAAAACUGUAAUGAUUGCAAAUAUUGGCCCAGCUUCUUACAAUUAUGAAGAAACUUUAUCUACACUUCGUUAUAGUUCUAGAGCUAAACAAAUUCAGAAUAAACCAAUAAUAAACGAAGAUCCAAAGGAUGCUCUCCUUCGCGAAUUUCAAGAAGAAAUUGCUCGCUUAAAGACUUUAUUAGAGCAAAAAGGUAUUACCAUUAAUUAGCCUUUCUUAAAUAAUUACACAGUCCUUAGAGAUACCGUAUUUCUUCAUAGAGAGCCCCACCCUCCAUUAGAGCCCCCCCUAAUACAGCCCCACCUUGGAGGAUAGCUGAAAAAUAGAGCCACAUGGGGGUGUAUUAGAGCUGGAUCCAGACCUGUAUUAGAGCUGGACCAGAUCCAGGCUUGAGCUGGAUCCAGACCUUGAUUUUUCCUGGAUCCAGAGUC